AUGUAGAUUAAUAAUAAAUUAAGGAGCUUUUUAAAAGGUUUAUAAGGACUUUAGUACAAGCAAAAAUGUAGUUUCUCAAAUGGUAAUUUGUGGACAAGUGCAGAAAACCCUUUACCUGAAUCUGAAAGGGGAAAUUAUUCGCCAUAUUUUGAUUUCAAAUAUGGAUUUGGUUAAGGUGGAAAGCUAAUAAUGAGAUUGAAUAAAUCUAAUUAUAAUCUAAUUUUACACACCCUAUGGGAAGAUUACUCUGAAGUAAAUGUUUUUAGAUAGAAUAGCCAAACAAAUUUAGGACCUCCUGCUUAUUUGAUACAAGAAAAAAGCGAUGGAGGCAGAGAGGCCUUCUUUUCUGAUGAGACUUACGAUGCAAAUAAAAUUGAGAAUGAGCUUUUUAAAGUUUAUGCGAGAAUCCCAGAGUAUUAUUCAUAUGAUAUAGAAGUCAAUGGACCUAUUAUUCAUGAAAAUACACAAGCAGUUUCUUCAAAAAUAUAUGGAGACGUUAGAGCUAUAACCCCAUUUUCUUUUAAAGCUAAAAAAGUAAAAACAGAAAUAUGUGAAAUUAAAGCAAGCGAUAUUCAUGUAGAUACAUAUUUGGAAAGCUUUAGAGCUUAAGUAAAUUCUGACAAGGACAUUCGCAUGAAGAAAUGUGCUAUAUCAGGAUAUGCCACAAUAAAUUUAAAGUAAAAGGGAGAUAUUUCAAUUAGCUCUCUUUAUACUAAUCCUGAGAGGAGACCAUAGAAUAUAUUUUGUGAAGAGAAUCCAUUCAAUUUUAUAUAAUUAAAAAAUAAAAUUACAAACAUGGUAGAAUCAACUCCACAUAUUACUAUAAAUUCUAACAAGGGCAACAUAUUACUAGGAGCUUCCCAUGGAACUGCAAAAAUUACAGCUCAAGAAGGAAAUAUCUAAAUUGAUACCUUAUCAAAUUAGCAAGCUGUUAUAAAAACACAUAAAGGACAAGUUAAAGCUCAUAUUUACAGUAUAGUUAAAGACAGCUAUAUUGAAGGUGAUUCUAUUGAACUGACCGUUGAAUAGUCUUUUAAACAAAAUCUCUACCUAAUCAAUGCUGGAGAAUAUUUUGGAGAACAAAAAUCAGACCAGCCUACACUUUUCGUAAAGGGAUAAAUAUCUCCUGACACAAUUAAAGUCUCUACUUCUUUCAAGUCUAAGAUGCCCUCCUUCAUGCUUGAGAAAUGA